GACAGCAGCAGCAUCAGCCACACAGUGUGUGACGCUCGUCUUCUAAGUGAAAAAGUGUUAAUCUUUCUCGAAGCUUGUUCCUAUCACGCAUCAUAUCAACCCAGAGAUCGUUCCAAAGAUGCCUUCCGAAUUUGAGGAUGUGCUAACAAAUCAACCCGUAGUGAUCGAUAAUGGAUCAGGUACGAUAAAAGCAGGUUUUGCAGGAAGUAAUAUUCCAAAAUCUUAUUUUCCAAAUUUCGUUGGAAGGGCAAAACAUCAACGUGUGAUGGCAGGUGGAACGGAUAUAGAUAUUUUGAUGGGUAAACAAGCACAAGAAUUAAGAGGUUUGCUAAAGAUACGAUACCCCAUGGAACAUGGAAUCGUGACUGAUUGGGAAGAUAUGGAAAGAAUUUGGCAAUAUGUUUAUGCGGAGGAAUUGAAAACGUUACCUGAAGAACAUCCCGUCCUACUAACAGAAGCACCUCUAAAUCCACGACAAAAUAGAGAGACGGCAGCACAGAUCUUCUUCGAAACGUUCAAUGUUCCAGCAUUCUUUACGAGUAUACAAGCAGUUCUCAGUCUAUACUCUUCCGGACGGACAACAGGAAUGGUUCUUGAUUCAGGUGAUGGUGUAACACAUGCUGUUCCGGUGUACGAAGGAUUCAGUAUGCCAAUGGCCAUUCGCAGAAUAGACGUGGCAGGAAGAGAUGUGACAGAUGCGCUACAGACACAUUUACGUAAAGCGGGAUAUAACUUACAUACAAGUGCAGAAAAGGAAGUCGUUCGAACAAUCAAAGAGAAAUGCUGCUUCUUAUCAAUGAAUCCAGCAAAAGAAGAACAGAUGAUCAAGGAAAUGGAAGAAUUCAGAUUACCCGAUGGAAAUUCGAUCAAGCUAGGUGCAGAACGAUUUAGAGCGCCAGAAAUUUUGUUCAAUCCUGAAUUACACGGAUUGGAAUAUCCGGGAAUACCGCAAAUCAUCGUUGAUUCGAUCUCGAGAGCAGAUUUGGAUAUGCGACAGGGCUUAUAUCAGAGUAUCGUCUUGAGCGGUGGAACGACAUUGAUGAAAGGAUUUGGAGAUCGUUUGCUUUAUGAGACUAAGCGACUUGUUAGAGCAGGUGAUGAAUUGAAGAUCAAGAUUUGGGCCCCACCAGAACGGAAAUACUCUACUUGGAUCGGAGGAAGUAUUUUGGCCGGUUUGAAUACGUUCAAAAAGAUGUGGGUUUCUGCGGAAGAGUACAAUGAAGAUCCAAACAUCAUUCACAAGAAGACUUUUUGAGCUCACGCAAACACACCAGCUGGCAACUUAAAUCGUCGUUUACCUAAUAUUUUGUACACUGAUAUAUCCAACUUCAGGCAAUGCAAUUUCAUCAUUGCGCUAUCACUAC